CACACAUUGUUUCAUGACAUUGGUUGUCACCCCCACGACAUAUCAGCAUUCUCUCCUUCUUGACCUUGGGUUCCCCAUCAGCAUCUUUCCUGCCCCUUCACGCCUUCUUGUCCUUGCCCCUGGGUUGGUGUGCCCGUUUACUCUCAUUUUCUUUUAUGGGCUGGUCUAAUCUUUGGCUAAAGGGUAAACCUCAGAAGUGACUUCAGUACUCAGUGAAAAGGGAGUCCGGGGGCCAUACUCUUGGGGUUUCCCUAGUCCCUGUCAGACCAGUAAGUCUGGUUUUUUUUUUAAGUUGGAAUUUUGUUCUGCAUUUCUCUCUAGUCUCUGUGGGACCCUCUAUUGUGAUCCCUGUCAGAGCAGUCAGUGGUAGUUGCUAGGCACCAUCUAGUUGUGCCGGAUUCAGUCUAGUAAAGGGUGUGGUAGUUAUGGUCCACUUUGUACUAAUUUUUCCCAUGUGUCUUUGGUUUUCCUCAUUCUCUCUUGCUCCAGAUGGGGUGAGACUAGUGCAGUGUCUUAGAUGCCCACUCGCAAGCUUUUAAGGCCCCAGAAGCUACUCAACAAAGUAGGGUACAGAACAUUUUCUUCAUAAACUAUGUUAUGCCACUUGAGCUAUAUGUCCCCUGAGACCAUGGUCCCCAGCCCUCAGCCCAGUAAUUCAGUCCCUCCAGGAGUUUAGUUGUGUCUAUGGAGCUUCCACGACCUUGCCUUGGACAAGUUGUGCUGGCUUCCGCAGUAUUGUGUACUGUCUUAGCCUUCAUCAUAGUUACCACUUAUCAUUGUCUUCUUAGUGUUUUUCCCUCACCAUGCCUCCUCUCCCUCCUAACAAAAAUUGUUUCUUUUCGUGUGUAAACCUUUUCAUGAGUUAUUAUAGUUGUGGUCUCAUACAAUAUUUGUCAUUUUGUGAUUGACUUAUUUCACUCAGCAUAAUGCCCUCCACAUUCACCCAUGUAGUGAGAAGUUGUGCAGAUUUAUCAUUGUUCUUUAUCGUUGCAUAGUAUUCUGUUGUGUUUGUAUACCAUAGUUUAUUCAUCCAUUCACCUAUUGAUGGACGCUUGUUGUUAGGUACCACGGAGUCUGCUCCGACUCGUGCGACCCUGUGUACAACAGAAUGAAACACUGCUUAAGUCCAUUGUUGCAGCCACUGUGUUAAUCCACCUCAUUGAGGGUCUUGCUCUUUUUCGCUGACCCUCUACUUUACCAAGCAUGAUGUCCUUCUCCAGGGAAUGAUCCCUCCUGACAACAUGUCCAAAGUAUGUGAUUUGUAGUCUCACCAUCCUUGCUUCUAAGGGCAUUCUGGUUGUACUUCUUCCAAGACAGAUUUGUUCAUUCUUUUGGCAGGCCAUGGUAUAGUCAAUAUUCUUCUCCAAUACCACAAUUCAAAGGCGUCACUUUUUCUCCGGUCUUCUUUAUUCAUCAUUCAGCUUUCACAUGCAUAGGAAGCGAUUGAAAACACCAUGGCUUGGGUCAGGCGCACCUUAGUCAUCGUAGUGACAUCUUUGCCUUUUGACACUAAAGAGGUCUUUUGCAGCAGAUUUGCCUAAUGCAAUGUGUCUUUUGAUUUCUUGACUACUGCUUCCAUGGGUGUUGAUUGUAGAUCCAAGUAAAAUGAAAUCCCUGACAACUUCAGUUUUCUCUCCGUUUAUCAUGUUGCUUAUUGGUACAGUUGUAAGGGUUUUUCUUUUCUUUAUGUUGAGGUGUAAUCCAUACUGAAGGCUGUGGUCUUUGAUCUUCAUCAGUAAGCGCUUCAAGUCCUCUUCACUUUCUGCAAGCAAGGUUGUGUCAUCUGCAUAAUGCAGGUUGUUAAGGAGCCUUCCUCUAAUCCUGAUGCUCCGUUCUUCUUUAUAUAGUCCAGCUUCUCAGAUUAUUCUUUCAGCAUACAGACUGAAUAAGUAUCAUGAAAGGAUACAGUCCUCUGAUGCACACCUUUCCUGACUUUAAACCAUGAAGUAGCCUCUUUUUCUAUUAAGAAAACUGCCUCGUGGUUUAUGUUCAGGUUCCUCAUGAGCACAAUUAAGUUCUGGAAUUCCCAUUCUUCACAACGUUAUUCAUAAUUUGUUAUGUUCCACACAGCCAAAUGCCUUUAAAUAGUCAAUAAAAACAGUUAAACAUCUUUCUGGUAUUCUCUUUCAGCCAGGAUCCAUGUGACUUCAGCAGUGAUAUCCCUUUCCAUAUCCUCUUCUGAAAUCGGCUUGAAUUUCUGGCAGUUAGUUCCUUGUUGAUAUACUGCCGCAGCUGCUUUUGAAUGAUCUUCACAAAAUUUUACUUGCAUGUGACAUUAUUGAUACUGUUCGAUAAUUUUCACUUCCGAUCAAAUCACCUUUCUUGGGAAUAGGAAUGAAUACGGAUCUCUUCCAGUUGGUUGGCCAGACCCAGGAUGAGAAGACUGAUGAGAAGCAGCUAGCUGAGCAGCUGUAAGAUGCCCAAAUCUGGGUUCACAAAACCAGCUCAGAGCGAAAAUUCUGACAGUGACGGCAAUAUGGUAGAGAAACCGUGUGGAAGAAAGAGUAAAGACAAGAUUGCAUCCUAUAGCAAAACACCAAAAAUUGAUGGAAGCGAUGUGGGCAAGGAGAUAAAAGAAAAAUCAUCCAUGAAACGUAAACUUCCUUUUACCAUUAGCCCAUCGAGAAAUGAAGAACGAGAUUCAGACACAGAUUCAGAUCCAGGACAUACAAGUGAAAAUUGGGGGGAGAGACUUAUAUCUUCUUUCAGGACAUACUCAGAGAAAGAAGGUCCAGAAAAGAAGAAGACAAAAAAGGAAGCUGGAAAUAAGAAAUCCACACCAGUUAGCAUUCUUUUUGGUUAUCCACUCUCUGAGCGAAAGCAGAUGGCACUUCUUAUGCAGAUGACAGCAAGAGACAACAGUCCAGAUUCUACACCAAAUCAUCCAUCACAAACAACACCAACCCAAAAGAAAGCUCCCAGCUCCUCAUCUCGACAAAAAGAUAAAGUUAAUAAAAGAAAUGAACGUGGUGAGACUCCUUUACACAUGGCAGCUAUUCGAGGAGAUGUGAAACAAGUCAAAGAAUUAAUAAGUUUAGGGGCAAAUGUGAAUGUGAAAGAUUUUGCAGGUUGGACACCACUGCAUGAAGCUUGCAAUGUUGGAUAUUAUGAUGUUGCUAAGAUACUUAUAGCAGCUGGAGCAGAUGUUAACACACAGGGAUUGGACGAUGACACUCCACUCCAUGAUUCUGCUAGUAGUGGGCACAGAGAUAUAGUGAAACUAUUACUUCGUCACGGUGGAAACCCAUUUCAAGCAAAUAAACAUGGGGAGCGUCCAGUGGAUGUAGCAGAAACAGAGGAGUUGGAAUUGCUGCUAAAAAGAGAGGUUCCUUUAUCUGAUGAUGAUGAAAGUUAUACAGAUUCUGAAGAGGCCCAAUCUGUAAAUCCUUCCAGUGUUGAUGAAAAUAUUGACUCUGAAAUAGAGAAAGACUCUCUCAUCUGUGAAAGUAAACAGAUAAUUCCCAAUAAAGCACCUCUUCCAUCUGCCCUUGAUGAGUAUGAGUUCAAAGAUGAUGAUGAUGAAGAAGUAAAUAAAAUGAUUGAUGAUAGGCAUAUUCUUAGGAAAGAGCUACGAAAAGAGAAUGAAUCUGAAAUAGAAAAGAAUAAUUUAUUUGCAAAACAGGAAAAAGCUUUCUAUCCUAAAUCAUUUAAAAGUAAAAAGCAAAAGUCCUCUAGAGUUUUGUAUUCAAGUUCUGAAAGUUCAGAUGAAGAAGUUCUUCAAAAUAAAAAGGUUCCUACCCCAUGUUCUAUCCCUGAAACAUCAAAUUCUGACAUACAAACAAAAAAGGAAUAUGUGGUAUCAAAUGAACACAAACAGAAAGGCAAAGUUAAAAGAAAAUUAAAGAACCAGAACAAAAAUAAAGAGAACCAAGAGCUGAAGCAAGAAAAAGAGGGGAAAGAAAAUACCAGAGUAACAAACUUAACGGUUAAUACUGCAUUAGAUUGUUCAGAGAAGACUAGAGAGGAAGGAAAUUUCAGGAAAUCAUUUAGCCCAAAAGAUGAUACAUCAUUACAUUUAUUUCAUAUUUCCACUGGUAAAUCACCUAAACAUUCUUGUGGACUAAGUGAAAAGCAGUCAACACCACUAAAACAAGAACAUACUAAAACGUGUUUGUCACCAGGAAGUUCUGAAGUGUCAUUACAGUCUGAUCUUGUUCGGUAUGACAAUACAGAAUCCGAAUUCUUGCCAGAAGGUUCAAGUGUAAAAUCUUGUAAACAUAAGGAAAAAAGCAAACACCAGAAAGAUCUCCAUUUAGAAUUUGGUGAAAAAUCAAAUGCCAAAAUAAAGGAAGAAGAUCAUAGUCCAACAUUUGAAAAUUCAGACUGUACACUGAAAAAAAUGGAUAAAGAAGGUAAAACAUUAAAAAAACAUAAGUUGAAACAUAAAGAAAGGGAAAAAGAGAAGCAUAGAAAAGAAACUGAAAGUGAAAAGGAAAAAUACAAAAAUAGGGACGGUGCUAAAGAGCUGCAGAGGAAUGUGGAAUUUGAUAGAGAAUUUUGGAAAGAGAAUUUUUUUAAAAGUGAUGAAACUGAAGAUCUAUUUUUAAAUAUGGAACAUGAGACCUUAACCUUUGAAAAAAAAUUAAAGUUGGAAAAAAACAUAAAAGAUGAUAGAUCAACCAAGGAAAAGCAUGUCUCAAAAGAGAGAAACGUCAAAGAAGAACGGGAAAAGAUCAAGAAAGAAAGCGAGAAGUCUUUCAGGGAAGAAAAAACAAAAGAUUUAAAAGAAGAAAGAGAGACUGUAUCUACAGAUAGAGAAACAGAAUCCAGCUCUUUGGGUAUAAGUGCCAAAGAGGAACCUAUAGGGUUACAUUCACUAGAAAAGGAAAUAGACAUUGAAAAACAAGAAAAACAUACAAGGGAAAGUAAGGAGAAAUCUGAGAAACGGUUUCAAACUAAAGAAAAGGACUUUGAGAAGACUGAUAGAAAAAAUUCUGAAAAAGAGAAGAAGAUAAAACAUGAUUAUAAGUCAGAGAAGGACAAAUUAGAUGUCAGUGAAUGUACUGAUAGAGGAAAAGAAAAGGACAGGCUGUAUUCACAUCACACAGAGAAAUGCCAUAAAGAAGGGGAGAAGGUAAAAAAUAUUACUACCACUAAAAGAACUGAUGACAGAGAGAGAAGCAGAGAAAAGAUAGAUAGAAAACAUGACAAAGAAAAGCCUGAGAAAGAGAGGCAUCCUGCAGACAGCAAAGAAAAGCACUUGAUGGAGAAAAAAAAUAAACAAUCAGACAAUAAUGAAUACAUUAAAUCAGAAAAAGGGAAAAGUAAAGAAAAAGACAGGGAGGUAGAUAAAAGGGAAAAAUCUAGAGAUAAAGAAAGUAUAAAUAUAACUAACUCUAAACAUUUACAGGAAGAGAAAAAGUCAAGUGUAGCAGAUAGCAGUAAAGCACAACAUGAAAAAUCCUUUUCCCUUAAAGAAAAAACAAAAGAUGAACCUUUAAAAACUCCAGAUGGAAAAGAAAAAGAUAAAAAAGAUAAAGAUAUAGACAGAUACAAAGAACGAGAUAAACAUAAAGAUAAAAUUCAACUAAAUAGUUUACUCAAACUAAAAUCUGAGACAGAUAAACCUAAACCUAAGUCAUUACCAGCAUCAAAAGAUUCCCGACCUAAAGAAAAGAGGUUAGUCAAUGAUGAUUUAAUGCAAACAAGUUUUGAAAGAAUGCUAAGCCUUAAAGACCUAGAAAUAGAACAGUGGCACAAAAAACAUAAGGAAAAAAUUAAGCAAAAAGAAAAGGAACGGUUGAGAAAUCGUAACUCUUUAGAACUUAAAGUAAAAGAUAAAGAAAAAAUAAAGCAUGCACUAGCUGAACCCAAAAAUAAAGAACUUACUAAGUCAAAGAGUUCAGAGCUGACUGAUGCUUAUGCCAAGGAGAAACAGUCUAAAGAUGCUGUAAGUAACAGAUCACAAUCUCUCGACACCAAAAAUGUAAUGAGUUUAGGGAAGUCACCCUUUGUUUCAGAUACUAGCUUAAACAGGUCUCCUAGAUCAGAAAGUGAAAAGCCAGGUCUCAGCUCCAGAUCUGUAUCCAUGAUUUCGGUUGCUAGCUCAGAAGAUUCCUGCCAUACUACCAUGACAACCCCAAGGCCUCCAGUUGAGUACGACUCUGACUUCAUGUUAGAGGGUUCAGAUUCCCAAAUGUCCUUUUCCCAGUCACCUUUUUUGCCAAUUGCCAAAUCUCCUGCCCUUCAUGAAAGGGAGUUGGAUAGUCUGGCUGAACUGCCAGAGCGAAUUAAACCAACAUAUGCAAACAGACUUCCAACAUCCCAUCUCAGGUCAUCUUCUGUAGAAGAUGUUAAACUAAUUAUAAAUGAGAGUAGACCUGUUGUAGAAGUUCGAAGAUGUAGCAUCCCAUCUGUCAUUUGUGAACAUGCAAAGCAAUUCCAAACAAUAUCAGAAGAAAGCAAUCAAGGUACCUUAUUAGCUGUGCCAAGAGAUAUUUGCCCUUCUCCCAAACCUGAGGUAUCCUCAAAUGUGCCUGAAAAAGACUUUUCAAAUAUGUCUAACAUACAUUCCAGUUUUGCAGCCUCUCCAACUAGAUCUGUGAACAGCAAAUAUAUUUCAGCUGAAACAAAUGUUAUCAAGAGUACUGCGCCAAUAGAAAGUCCUGUACGUCUAGAGCCAUCUAAUCAGGUUGGUGUGAUCCAGAAUAAAUCAUGGGAGAUGCCUGUUGACAGACUGGAGUCAUUAAGCAGCAGUGACUUUACCUGUACAAAUUCUAGUAAAGCUGAUCAAGAUUCCUCUGGUCAGGAUUUCUGUAAUUCUGAAAACAAAAUAUUGAAAGAACAAAAUACUGAUUUUUCAUCUCUGCACCAGACUGAACUGCCAGGAAAUUCUUGUGCUCAGGAGCCAGCAUCCUUUAUGCCUUCACAACCACUUUGCUCUUAUCACAACCAGUUGCUUUCAGAUGCUGAAUCUACUUCUAAACAUAUGUCUUUGUCUUACGUUGCCAAUCAAGAGCCAGAUAUUUCACAACAGAAGAAUUCGGUUCAAAUGAUCAGUUCUGUUCUAGACGCUGAUAAUGAAUCUACAAAAGACAUGGAAAAUAAUUUUGUCCCAGCAGAUAUUCCAAAGACAGAUGCCUUUGUCUCAGUGUACUCUGAAAAUACCAUUCAAGAAGUAUCACCAGCUUUUGAGAAGGCUAAUACUUUACCUGUGUUACCAUCAGAAAAGGACUUUAAUGGAAGUGAUGCGUCUUCUCAACUAAGCACACAUCAUGCGUUUAGCAAACUAAUGUGUAAGUCUUCCAGUGGCCUUGAGGUUGAAAAUAGCACAACUGAUACUCAGGUUAUUUCACAUGAAAAAGGAAACAAACUGGAGAGUUUCAUUUUAACUCAUCUGAAUAAGUGUGAUUCUGAUUUCUGUGAAAUGAAUGCAGGGAUGCCAAAAGAAAACCUAAAUGAACAAGAUAAUCCAAAGCAUUGUCUUGAAAGUGAAAAGUGUUUGCUUUCCAUUGAAGAUGAAGAAUCUGAACAAGGUAUUUUAUCAAAUCUGGAAAACCAUUCACAACAGUCAGUUCUACCAGAAAUCCAUAAAUAUGGUCAAUUCAUUAAAGUAGAGAUAGAAGAAAAUCCUGAAGAUGAUAAAACUGAAAACCACACUCCUCAAAGGAUGACUAGAAACAGAGCAAAUACGAUGGCAAAUCAAAGCAAACAGCUCCUUGCUGGCUGUACGCUACUGUCAGAAAAAGACAAUGAAUCUUCAUCUCUCAGAGGAAGACUAAGAUUAACUGAAGAAGAUGAUCCUCAAGUUCACCAUCCACGGAAAAGGAAAGUAUCUCGUGUACCUCAGCCUGUGCAAGUGAGUCCCUUUUUACUGCAAGCAAAAGAGAAAACUCAGCAAUCUCUGGCAGCCAUCGUAGAUUCUCUGAAACUAGAUGAGAUUCAGCCAUACAGUUCGGAGAGAGCAAAUCCAUAUUUUGAAUACCUGCACAUAAGAAAAAAGAUUGAAGAAAAGCGUAAAUUGUUGUGUAGUGUUAUUCCUCAAGCACCUCAGUAUUAUGAUGAAUAUGUGACAUUUAAUGGAUCCUAUCUCCUGGACGGCAAUCCCUUAAGCAAGAUUUGUAUUCCCACAAUCACGCCGCCGCCUUCCCUGUCAGACCCUCUUAAAGAACUUUUUCGGCAACAGGAAGUUAUGAGGAUGAAGCUACGUCUACAGCACAGCAUUGAAAGGGAAAAACUGAUUGUAUCCAAUGAACAGGAAGUUCUCCGAGUUCAUUACAGAGCCGCGAGAACACUGGCAAAUCAAACACUGCCAUUUAGUGCUUGUACUGUUUUGCUGGAUGCAGAAGUAUACAAUGUUCCGCUGGACUCUCAGUCUGAUGACAGUAAAACUUCUGUGAGGGAUCGUUUUAAUGCAAGACAAUUCAUGUCUUGGUUACAAGAUGUGGAUGAUAAAUUUGACAAAUUAAAGACCUGUCUUUUAAUGAGGCAACAACAUGAAGCUGCAGCCUUAAAUGCCGUCCAGAGACUAGAAUGGCAGCUCAAACUCCAGGAACUUGACCCUGCCACCUACAAAUCCAUCACCAUUUAUGAAAUCCAGGAGUUUUAUGUUCCCCUGGUUGACGUUAACGAUGACUUUGAGUUGACUCCUAUAUAACAGCCAUUACUUCCCGGUGACACCUUCUUAAAUGGAUGAGGCUCAGACAUCGUACUGUGGAAUACUGCCUUUUUACAAAAAUACUGAUAUUAUGCCUUUACAGUUGUUAGUAAAGUUCGAUUUAAGUGGGUUGUGUAGUAAACACUGUCAUUUUAUUUAAAAAAAUGAAGAGGAUUAUUUUGGAUCUUAGAUCUGAACACAGUUUCUAACAGAGAACCAUUAUUUAUAUUGGUGGAAGGUAACCGUUGCAUUGGGGCAUGUUGGCUGGCUGUGGUAGAUACUUCAACAGUUGGGAAUCCGCUGACAGCGCUGGCAGUUGUUAGCAGUCUAACGAGGUAACCACUAGUAUUCACAUCUCUUUCAGGUUUUAUUAAAGAUAUAUCAGUAAACUAAAAGGUUCAGUUCCUACCAAAUAGUUUCUAAUAUGGAAGAAAAUUUUGGCACAAAAUUUCUUCAGUUUAUAUGUAAAUUAAUUGUACAGUGUUCUUUUUGAAAGUUUUAAUAUUGCCCUUUUUAAUAACUUAUUUUAUACAUACCGUGCAGAUGUAAAUCUUGUAAUUAAUGGUCAAAAUGUAUACACAGGGAUUGGUAGUAAAAACAUGUACAAAGAAAUAAUUGUAAAACUGUUCUGUCUAACGUUUAUUGGACCAAAGUUGUAGUCUGUAUGGUGUGCAGGAAUCGUGUGUUCCGGUAGCAGAACUUCAGAUAAGGCAUGCACGUGUUUGAGUUGGCUUGUUUUCAUAACCAGAACUGUAAAGACUGCGACUUAAUUGUAUUGCAUGCUUCCUAUAAUUUAACUUCCACAACUGAUGCCUAAAACAGUGUCACGUGUUUCCUAUUAGUCUCCUGUGAUAGUGCCUAUGACUUACUAGGUUAAACAUACUGUUUAGAAGUAGUCAGACAAAAAAAAACUUAGCUCUUUUUUCAUCUCACAGUAGAGCCUAUUUCUCCCCCCAAAAAUGCCUUUGAAUGAAAAUUCUGAAAUUGUAAAUGUCUAUUUUAAUACUCAAGUAUAAAAGUACCUGUGAAUAUAUGUAAAUAUGUUUAAUAAAUUUUAUUGGUCAUGUUAAAUCAUUGUAAAACUUUUUUACAUUGCUUAAAUUUAAUCUUUUAAGCUUAAUAACCUUUGCACUUUUAAAAUGAAAACUGAGUGCUCAUAUCAAGAAAGAUAUACUUGAAAGUUAAAAUAAGUAAGACACAGGUAUAUUCCAAUCGAUCUCGGCAGUGUUUACAAAAUAGUAAUUAAUAUGUUGUAUUUUUUCUUUGUAUCAAGAUGCAAAACAUAUAAUUUGCAGAAUUUUAUAAUUUAAGAUUUGGUAUGCUGUUUUAUAAUAAAAUAAUUAGCAAUAUACUUAGGAAAAAUCCAGUGUCUCCUAUAACAUGAUGUGUAGAUCAACUAUCCAGGAACAUUUCAGACCUGAAACCUGCUGCUGAACUUGUUAAACAUUUUUGAAAGAAAAAUUAGGUUAGUGUAAAAUUAAUCCAUAAGUAUUUGAGAUAAAAUUUACAUAAUUUUCCACAAUACUUUCUUGAACUAUAAAAUAAUACUGAAUGUUUUUUAUUCUGUUAGAGAAAAGUGAAAACAAUAUAUGAGAAAUGAAGGGAUUUAAACUCAGCUUGCAAGUUGGAAAUUCCAGCUAAUAGGAUAGAGUGUAAGAAUUGAAGUUUUUGAGUGCAAAGGUACAUAUUAAGCUUAGGAAUUUUUGAAUUUUCAUGUCAGUUUAUAUUUGAAUUCAUAUUGUACUUGGCAUGCGCAAUAUAGCAGCACAUGUAAAAAUUACACAGUGCAAGGACUUUAUUAUAAAGGUUGGAUGUAGUUCUCUUUAGAAAUUUAGGUGGGAGAUUUUGGCCUUUUUUAUUGGAUAAAUGGGGCCAGAGGCAGGGUAGAUAUUGAAGCACUGUUUUUGUUGAAGUCAAGUUUAUUAAGACUGGGAACAUUGAAGGUUAAUUUAUAAAAGCAAUACUUUUAAUAUGAAAAACGUAAUGCAAAAAAAUUUUUUUUUUUUUUUUUUUUUUUUUUGCCUAAAAAGGAAAUUUGAUAGGCUACUGGGGCAAAUGAUAAAAAUGGAAAAACUCAACUUAUGAUGCAUUGAAGUUAUAGAAAAUACCAGAGGGGUAGGUUUAUAGAGCAUUUUGUUCUGAUGGUCCAACCAGAGAAGAAGGGAGGGAAAAAAAAAAAUCACUGACCAAACAGAAUAAGCCACAGAAGAGAAAAGCAAGCAAGAAGGAAUCUGGCAUAUUUUAGUCAUCCCAGCUUGUUAACCACAAUUCUCAGCCUCUUCAAUUGUACCUCAAAGAGCUAGAGCCUCUCUGCCAUGAUUUUGCCUUCUACAAUGGGAACGUAUAAUCAAGUAAGUAGUUAAGGGCUUUUGGUAUUAAAGAUACUCUGAAGCCUUGAAAUCCUAGAAAAAUUUUGAAAUGGAGGCUAUGCCUAAAUGGGUUUUGGAUUCUGAAAGAAAAAUAAGGAAUGGUUAGUUUAAUCAGUGAUUUUUUUUAAUUAUUCAAAUACCAUGAACAAGAUACUAAAUUGUACUUAAGGAUUUGUAUUUCUUUACAUCUUGUUCUAAAUCAUAUCUGUUUAAUAAAUGACUAGUUGAUAUUUGUGCAUGUUAUUUAAUAAAGAGUUAUAUUUUUAUAGAAAAAAUGAUUGAAAUGUGUGCUAAUUUUUUUAAUUAAAUUUUCCACUCCCAUAAAACUAUAAGCCAAACACCAGUAUUUAGUUGGGCACCUGGCAAAAUUGCGGAAGUAUUUGUUCAGAGAAAACAAAUAGCCUCUGAAGAAUUAGCCUUCAAGCUCAAAUCUAUUCAGUAGUGAGAGGUCUCACAGGUGAAAUUUAUGUACGGUAAAACCUGCAAAAGCUGGAACCUGUGUAAGGUGGAAACCUGUCAGAGAAGGAAAACUCAAAUAUUUUCCACUAAAACAAACGAUAGAAAAGUGAUGAGAGCUCCCUGUAAAAGGCAGAAAACUUGUGAGACCCGCAAAAAGGCACUCCCAUCGAGUUGUGGCUCUCGCAGGUUUGCACAGUAUUAGACAUACCUACGAACUUCAUAACUCUCAAAACCUCAAGCAAAGACCCCAAGAAGCACAUUUUAAUGUGACUUAAGUACUAUUAUUCUAGAAAUUGAGUGCAGAGCUAAAUAUGUAUUUUUCUUAGCGAUCUAAAAAUUUAGCAAUAUUUUUUAUUCUGUAUCUGACACAUGAAAACCCAAAUAUUUAUAAAUAGGUGACUAUUUAAAACUGAUGAGACAGUCUUCUCUUUUUAUAUUUAAGUAAAGCAUUUUCACCAUUUAAAAAAUCAUUUUCAAACUUAAAAAGAUUGUUGCAAGAGAUACUAAUCUUUGGAAAAGCUUAACUCUGAAAUUUAGCUGGUUAAAACAUCUUGUAAUUCACCAUUUUCUUGGUGACUUCUUCAGGCUAUAGUUUCUUUGUACAUAGAAUUGGGAGUUUUAAGCCUCUACAGAAGAUGUUACUGGAAAUAUUUGUUGUCUGUAAAACCAGGAUUCAGAGAAGAAACUGAAGCAAAUAAGUUUAAAUAAUUCCAUUCAUCAAAAUGGCUAAAGAACAACUAGAAUUAUAAGUAUUUGAAUAUAAACAACAAAAAGUACAACUAAGAAAUACUGGCUAGAUUUUUCCAGUGAUGAAAUGUUAAAUACAAUAUGUAUAAACAAUACAAUUUUUAUACAUGUGCAAUAUCUCCGUAAGGGAGAAAAUAGCACAUAAAAGUAUUUGCCUGAAGAGAAACACAGUCUGUGCAGGAGGAUUGGUCUUCCUGGUGUAGGUACACAGAGAAGCACAGUCUCUGCAGAAGGGGUCGGUUUUAUUGGGGUAGGUACACGGAAUCUAAAGAGAGCAUGUUCAUUCCACUCUUCGUGAUUUUGUAAAUGGGAUGCUGUAUUCAAAUAUCUGAAUGGUUCUAGAUGAAAAGCUUUUAGUUAGCCAUCUUUUUCCCCAACUUUUUAAAAAGAACUGUUGCGGUGGAGCUGUUCUGAGUCAUGGCGACCCCAGGCCUUACAGAGUAGAACUGCUUUGUAGAGCGUUCCUGGCAUUUCUUCUUGGGCAGCGCUGGGUGGGUUCUCACCACCAAGCUUAAGUUAAUAGUCAAGAGCAAACUGUGUGCCAGCCGUACAGUGAGGCAUAUGUAGCGUAUGUGUACAGAUAAAAGGGUAAUUUAUAUCCAAUAAAAAUACCCAGAUGUUAACAGUCUGAUGAGUCUUAAUAAAUGUAUACACUCAAAUUACCAUCACCCAGAUUAAGAUACUAUAAAACAUGUCCAAUCUCCCAAGAAAGUUCCCUUGUCCCCUUUCAAGUCAGUACUCUCCCUACCCCAAAUGCUACCACUGUGCUGACUGCCAUCACCAUGUUAGUCGUACCUGUUCUUGAACUUCACAUAAAUGGAAUCACACUAUAUGCUCUUCCAUGCCUGCCUUCUUUA